AUGGCCGACGUCAGAGUACCCCCCACGGGCGUGUUCGUCCCUGUCCCGACCUUCUUCCACCCCGCAUCUGCCUCCGCCGGUUCCCUCCAGCCCAAGGUCGACGUCGAGACGCAGGUCAAGCACAGCGUCUACCUCGCGAAGAAUGGCAUUCGCGGCCUCGUCCUCCUCGGCUCAACCGGUGAGGCCAUCCACCUGAACAAGGCCGAGCGCAUCGAGCUCGUCGCCGGCGUCAAGAAGGGUCUCGAGGAGGCCGGCUUCCCCGAUUACCCCAUCAUGGCCGGUGUCCUCACGAACGGCAUCGACGAGACGCUCGAGUGGCUCGAGGACUACGCCAAGGCCGGCGCUCAGUGGGGUCUGGUUCUGGUGCCGGGUUACUUCGGCACGGCGGCGAACCAGGAGAACAUCAAGGAGUGGUACACUCUGAUCGCCGACAAGAGCCCUCUGCCCAUCCUCGUUUACAACUACCCCGGCGUAACAAACAACGUCCUCGUCGAGCCCGAUACAUACAAGGACCUCGCCCAGCACCCCAAGAUUGUUGGUUGCAAGAUGUCCCACGGCAACGUCUCCCUCCACCUCCAAGUAUCCUCCGACCCGCGCAUCGACCACUCCAAGUUCCGCGUCUACAGCGGCUUCGGUCAACAGCUCGCUCCCAUCGUCCUCUUCGGCGCCGCGGGCGUCAUCGACGGUCUCGCCGCCUUCUACCCCAAGACGGUAUCAAGCCUCUUCGCGCUCUCCGAGAAGCGCCCCGUCGAGCAGGGCACCCUCGACGAGGUCCAGCGCCUGCAAUACGCCGUUUCCCGCGCCGAGGACUUCAUCGGCAAGACUGGUAUUAUUGGUAUUCGCGAGGGUAUUAUCCAGAAGGCCGGCUUUGGCGCUCUCGAGGGAGGCCGUCUGCCGCUUAAGGGCCGUCUUCCCGAGGCGACGUGGAAGUCCCUCGACGCGCUUCUGUUGUCUGAUAUUGACAAGAUUGAGAAGUCGCUGUAG